AUGGACAACAACAUGGAAAUUGACACGGCGCGCUCCCCCGAGCCACACCUCCUUUCUCCGAUAACCGACACCGGUUCUAUACCGACACUCGACGGAUGGAUUGAAAACUUGAUGACAUGCAAGCAACUAGCGGAAGAGGAUGUUCGGAGACUGUGUGAUCGGGCACGAGAGGUAUUGCAGGAGGAGUCGAACGUCCAGCCAGUGAAAUGCCCAGUGACUGUCUGUGGUGACAUACACGGCCAGUUUCAUGACUUAAUGGAACUCUUCCGCAUUGGAGGUCCCAAUCCUGACACAAACUACCUUUUCAUGGGUGACUACGUCGACCGUGGUUACUACUCCGUUGAAACGGUUACUCUCCUUGUCUGCCUUAAGAUCCGUUACCCCCAGCGUAUCACCAUCCUCCGAGGAAAUCACGAGUCCCGACAAAUCACACAAGUCUACGGAUUUUACGACGAGUGCCUGCGCAAAUAUGGCAACGCCAACGUUUGGAAAUACUUUACCGACCUCUUUGACUACCUUCCUCUCACCGCACUCAUCGAGAACCAGAUCUUCUGUUUGCACGGCGGUCUGAGUCCGUCGAUCGACACUCUAGACAACAUCCGGUCUCUGGACCGUAUCCAGGAGGUUCCGCACGAGGGACCCAUGUGUGACUUGCUUUGGAGUGAUCCCGACGAUCGAUGUGGCUGGGGUAUCUCUCCUCGUGGUGCUGGAUACACAUUCGGGCAGGAUAUCUCAGAGGCGUUUAAUCACAACAAUGGCUUGACUCUGGUUGCACGGGCGCACCAACUGGUAAUGGAAGGAUAUAACUGGUCGCAGGACAGAAACGUUGUUACCAUUUUCUCAGCGCCCAACUACUGUUACCGCUGCGGUAACCAAGCCGCAAUUAUGGAGAUUGAUGAGCAUCUGAAGUAUACAUUCCUACAAUUCGACCCUUGCCCACGGGCUGGAGAACCCAUGGUCUCGAGACGUACCCCCGAUUAUUUCCUGUGA